AUGUCGCCACGAGGCUGGUCGCAAGCAUCACCGGAGGCCCGAGAGCGAUACCAGCAAAGUACCAUCAAAUUCCCUGUGUACCACUUCGAAGCUCCAAACCUCCUGUGGAAAGAUGAUUCUUGGAGGCUAGCCAAUGCAGACGAGCGAGAUCAGCUCUUCGGGCUGCCGUCUGGGUACACCAAAGGAGGGGGCGUCCGUGUUGGUCUCAGUGACGUUGAACGCAUGCGUUUGUUGGGAAACGCUUGGCAUGUCCCGUCUUUUAAGAUGCUCUUUGUGGCUUUGGCUUGGUGUUGCGCUCUUCCAGCUUCCGGCGGAUGUGUUUUGGCAACGCCUUUACAAGAGCUGCAGCUGGCAGUAUCUCCGCAGGAACCGGUACCAUACCUUUGGGGCCGGACAGGUAGAGAUUUUGUUGAUGCAUACUUGCAAUGUGUUCCUGAACCGUUGAGGUCCAUCGCAUUGCCGUUCGCUCAUGUGUUUGACCCGCCAAACAUGAACCCUUUCUACCGCAACUUACUGAAAGCUGGCGAUUUCAAGGGCGGUCUCCUGCUGCCUGAUUUUCGCGAGCACUCCAGUGCCGGCGAUUGGGCUACAGCGGCGGGCCACCAACGCGGGUCGCACAUAAACAAGGACGGUUGGCCUCGCUUGGUCCCAUGCGUGCAAUCCGAAUGCCAACAUUGGGAACUAGCUCACGGCUUGUCAGAACAUCCUUUUGCAUCUCACCCUUGCUUGCCCAGUGAUCUGCAGUUCGCAAUCUCAACGGUGUGUCAAGGGACGGGUGUCAUGGCCAUGCGCAAAGCUGUGCAGCGACGUUGGUUGCGAAAACGUGGAGAACUGCAACCUCUCACGCGCAUGGCGCGUCGGGCCAUGAGCCCACGGGUGCGUGCCGUGGCUUUUUCAUAUGAUGUUGGGUUGCACUUGUACCUCCAGAUCCUAUUGGCUUGGCCGGAUGUCACGUAUGCCGCACGGCUUAUCACGGGCUUCCAGGUGGUUGGUGCCAUUGAGAGCCCGCCAAUUUAUCGCAGUGUGACUGAGUGGCCACUGAGUCAGGGGCGAGAGGAGUUCUUUGAAGGUGCAGCGGAGUACAUGAAUGACCUUCUAGGAAGCAUGGGCCCGUCCGAGGACCCGCUGCAUGACGCUAAGUGCUUGGAGUUGAGCCUAAAAGAUGUUGCGCAGGGAACCGCAUUGGGCCCCCUCACAGAGCAACAACUGCGGAUGAAGUAUCGUGCAGGCUCCGUGCGAGCCAUGCCACGUUUCGCAGUCUUGCAGGCGAACCUCAAAUACCGUGCUAUCGAUAAUGGUAAGCACAGCGGUCAUAAUGCUCACUCUGAGGCAACUGUACGUGUCCACACUUCCUCACAUGACCUGUUUCUCCUGGUUUGUCGGGCAUUCUUCCGAGAGCGUGCAACCGUAACAGACACAUGGGGAAUAUGUAGAUUGGAAUUCGGCGUCGACGAUGAGAGUAGUGCCUAUCGCUGGAAGCCUACUGCUGAUGCAGAUCAAGCAGCCUUGAUAUGCUGUUUUUGGCAUCCCGAAUGGCAAGCGCCCGCCUUUUUGGAGUUGCUCGGUCACCCCUUUGGAUUGUCGUCGGCCGUCCUCAACUACAACAGGGGGCCUGAAUUGGCUGUUGCAGCGUGUCGUCAGUUGCUUGCACUGGUUGCAUUGCAUUUUUACGAUGAUUCGUGCCUGGUCGGUUUGAACCGUGAGAAAGGACAGCAGCAGUACAUGUACAAUGCUUUGUGCGAUUUGCUAGGGGUCCGGUUGGAUCCGGGAAAGAAGCAGCUCAUGUCAAGCACGGGCAUGUACACUGGUGCGAGUUUUGACUUGAGCCGCUUGAUGGUUGAUGGCGAGGUUGUCGUGAGUCCGAAACCCGGGCGAUGUGCGUCUAUCUUGGCUCUUGUAGUUGCAGCUCGCGCAGCAAACCGCCUCACGCCUGCCGAGGCGGGCAAGCUCAGGGGCAAGUCCGAGUACUUGGCCAGCCAGUUCAUGGGCAAAGUUCAAAAAGGUUGUCAUGCGGCCUUGGCCCAAAGGCAGUACCGUGACAAGUCUACGUUGCUUUCCCCAUCUCUGCAUUUAUCUCUAGCUUUUCUGGAGUGCGCGGUCAACUUGGUGCCGUUCCGCACCGUCAGUUUCGCAUCCAACAGGCCCCUCGUCCGGGUGUGGACUGACGCCAUGUUUGAGCCCGCAAGUCCAGUUGGCCUUGGUUGCAUUGUUAGUGCGCCGUGUCUCUAUCGACCGGUUGCUCUUUACGCUGUCCUACCGGACUCGUUGGCGCAACAGUUGCAACCGCGAGACACCUUGAUCAACCAAGCUGAGAUCCUUGCACUCUUGCUGGGACCACUGCAUCUACCAACGGUUUUUCAAGAUGCUGACGUCAUCUCUUUCAUAGACAACACGUCAGCACUGCAAGGUGCAAUUAAGGGCACCAGCGCAGUAAAGGACAGUGCCAGCUUGCUUGCGUGUUACCAUCUUGUGCUUGCGCAUUUGAAUACCCGAGCUUGGCAUGAGUUCGUCGAGAGUGAAUCCAACUGCGCGGACAGUAUCUCACGGCACGGCGGAGCGGCCUUGAUCGUCCAGAUGCUGCAGCUGGACUUUUAUGAGGUAUGUCUGCCUGAGUUGCCGGAUGUACCGCAUGCACCUCUGGAACAGUUGCUUAAAGCAUUUUUGCCAGGAUGCAUGUGA